GACAACCUCCAUUGUGAUGACAACAUCCAUUUAUAUCAUUUAAAAAGAAAAUUACAAAAUAAAAAAAAAUGUGCUGGUAAAAAUAAUUUAUUUGAAUAUUUUUCUGACCAUGAGUUUUUUGGAACACCUAGAUAUAUUAAUAAUGAAGAGGAUCAUGAUGAUGAAAAAAAAAAAAUAAAUAAAAAUAAUAACAAUAAUAAUAAUAAUAAAAUUAUAAAACAUAUAUAUGAUAACACAAAAAAUAAUAUAUUUGAUGAAAAGAACAAAGAAAAUCUUUCUUCUUGUGAUUACAUUCGCAUGUGUCCUAAUGAAUAUUUUUCUGAAGAUAUUUAUAAUAGUAAUAAUAAUAAUAUACGUUUAAACAAAUACAAUAAUAUUUAUAAAGAGAAAAAAAAAAUGUAUGAUAAUAGUGUUUUAAAAAAAUAUAGUUAUAAUAAAUAUUAUGAUAAUUCAAAUAAUUCAUUGAAAAGAAAAUUUAUAGAUUUUUCUAAUUGUAAGGAGAACGAAAUAUAUUGUAUGGUAUGUAAAAAUAUGAAUACAAAUGUUAUUAUGAAAAAAAAAGGAAACAAUGAAUGGUAUCAUAUUUGUUGUUUAUAUUAUAAUAAUAUUACAAGAAAUAAUUGUAUAUAUCAUAUAUAUGUAGAACAUUUUUUUUUUAAUCAUUAUAAUGAAGAUUAUUUUGUAAAUAUGUAUGGCAGUUUAAAAUAUAUUAAUGAGAUUAUUAUAAAAAAAAUAAAAGAUGAAUUAUUAAAAAAUUAUAAUAUUAUCACACAUAGUCAUUUCUUUAAUUUUCUUAUGAAUCCAUAUUAUUAUAAUUUAACAUUGAAACAAAUCAAAAAUUUAAUUAUUUCAAAUUUUAUUCUAAAUAAUAAUACUCUCUAUUCGAAUUUCCAGUCUAUAUCAUAUCAGUCAUUGAUUAAUAAUCAUAGACUAAGCUUAGAUGACAGAAGAAGUGUCUCCCCUACUGAUCAGAAUGAUUUACAUAGAGGAAGCAUAAAUAAUGUGCUGAAUUAUAAACAUGAUGAUAAAAAGGGUAGUGUUGAUAAUAAUAAUGAUAAGAAUGAUGAUGAUGAUUAUGAUGAUGAUGAUUAUGAUGAUGAUUAUGAUGAUAGUGAUGCUAGUUAUAAUAACAGUGAUUCUAGUUACAACAACAGUGAUGUUAAUCAUAAUAAGAGCGAUUCUAGUUAUAAUAAGAGUGAUUCUAGUUAUAGGAACAACCAAACUUCGAAUAAAUUAUCAGGUGAUGAUACACUUUUAAAAGAUAAGAAAAAAAGAUCCACAUUAAAAAAAGAAGACACAGUGAAGUGUCAUCAAAAUAUAAAUACACAAGAAAAAGAGAAAUCAUCAAAAAUGUAUUGUAUGAACACUAAUAAUUGUAGUGUAGUUAAAGAAAAGAAUUAUUUUGUAAGAGAUUAUAUGCAUAUUAUAAACAAUCUUAGUGAUAAUGAAAUGAAUAUAAAUUUAAUGAAAUCAUCAGGAUAUAAUAACUUAUUUAAAGAUAUCGAACAUUGUAUACAUAAAAGAGAUUUUAUUAACUUAAAUAUUUUAAAACAUAUUAAAGAAAAAAUUAUACAUGUUUUAAAAAAUAAUAAUAAACAAGUCUGUGUUUUUUGUAAUAAAUCGACUGGAAUAAAAACCAAAUGUAUGUUUCCUUCUUGUUCUACAUAUUUUCAUAUAUAUUGUUAUUAUAAUAAAUAUAUGCAGUGUAUGAAGAAAAAAAAAAACGACCUUCAAAGUGCUAGCCAAAAAAAAAAUAGAAAGAAUCAGCGCUCAGCAUCUAUGAAAAGAAAAGGAGCAGAAGGAAAAGAAAAGAAAAAAGAAAAGGUUACUAAGAGAAGUAACAAAUAUGAUGACAGUGUAUAUGAAAGUGAGGAGAAAAAAAAUAAUGUCGACAACAAAAGUAAAAGUGACAAUAAAAUGAAUAAUAAUAAUAAUAAUAAUGAUGAUGAUAAUAAUGAUAAUGAUUGUUUGGAAGAGAAAAAUGAAGGAGAAAAUGUAAUAAAAAAAAGAAAGAGAAACAAACGCGCACGUAAUAAUAAUGACGAUACAUCUUCUAUAGUAAUGUCAAAUAAAGAAACCUCUAGACAAAAAAAAAAAAAUAAAUGUGCAAAUGAUAAUAGUGACCAAGAAAAGGAUACACCUAGUAAGACUAAUAAUAGAUCUAAAAGAAAUAAAGGAAAAAAAGAUGAAGAAAUGAGUAAUAUAAAUGAUGAUAAUAUAAAUAAUAAAAUAAAUGAUAAUAAUAACACUAAUAACAGUUGUCAUAAGGAUGACAAUGAACAAAAUAAAGACCAACAAAAAAAUAAUUGCAAUAAAAAUAGAAACACUAAAAGAAAUAGAAAAAGUAUUAAUGAUAAAGAAAUAAAUGAUACAUUGAAUAAUAAAAAUAAUGAUACUGAUAAAAAAUUAAAUAAAUAUAAUUUUUUAAUGGAAUAUCAAAAAAUUAUUGCUUCUGAUAAAAUAACAAGUAGUACACAUAAUAAUAUGAAAGAUGUGAAAGAUAUGAAAGAUGUGAAAGAUAUAAAAGAUAUGAAAGAUAUGAAAGAUAUAAAAGAUAUGAAAGAUAUGAAAGAUAUGAAAGAUAUAAAAGAUAUGAAAGAUAUAAAAGAUAUAAAUGACAAAGGUGACACGCAACAGGACGUAUGCCCAAGUGAUGAUAAAAAUAUAAAUAAUGACAUAAAAAAAAAAACGCUAAAACUAAAAACGGAUCAGGUAUUUAAUCCUCUAGCUGAUUCGUCCUCCUCAUCUACAGAUUGUAACAAAAAUUAUAAAAAGAAAGAAAAGGGCGUGAAAAAAAUUGGAUGGAAUGUCAAAAAUAUAAAACUCCACAACAACAAUAAUAAUAAUAAUAAUAAAUAUAAUUGUCACAAUAUUAUUAACAGUAAUAAUAUUGAACAAGAAGAUAACAAAAUUAAAAGUAAAGGUAAUCAUAAAAAAAAUGAAAAAAAUACGAAUAAUUAUAAUGAAGAUGAUAUUUAUUAUGAUAACGAUUUUUCUUCUAUCUCUUCUUUAUUAUCAUCAUCCUUGUCAACAAAUAAUGAUGUAGAUUCAUCUUAUUUAUAUAAUAAUUCUUUAUGUGAUUCAUCUUCCAUGUUUUCAAAUGACGAAUGUUUUUCAUUAUGUUAUUCUUCAGUAUCUUCUUCAUAUGAAUAUGAUGAUAUAAAUAAUAUUAAUUUAAAAAAUAAAAUUAAAUUAAAUAAUUUAUCAUCAUCAUGUAAAAACAAAUUAAAUAAUAAUAAAGGUCAUAAUUAUAAUCAUAGUCGUGAUCCUAGUUGUAGUAGUAGAAGCUUUGGGGGGUCCAUAUGUAAUACAUCUGAUAAUAUAAGCGAAUCUGAGAUAACCAAUAAUUUGAGCUUUUCAUCUGACAAGUCAGAUAAUUAUUGUUCAUCUAUUUCAGAUCAUGAAAUAGAAAGGGAUGUAACUAUAUAUAGAAAUACGUAUCAUAGAAUCAUUAAUAGAUGGAAAGAUGCAAAAAAAAAUACUGGCACUAAAAAAAAAGACGUGAGUAAUAAGAAAGGUCAGAAUAAAAACAAAAUAAAUGAUAACAAAAAUAAAAUAAAUGAUAAUAAAAACAAAAUAUGUGAUAAUAAAAACAAAAUAUGUGAUAAUAAUAAUAAUGAAAUACAUGAUAGUAAAAACAAAAUAUGUGAUAAUAAUAAUAAUGAAAUACAUGAUAGUAAAAACAAAAUAUGUGAUAAUAAUAAUGAAAUAAAUGAUAAUAAAGAUUCUUCGACAGAUGUGCCUUUUGAAAGUAUUGACCAUCUAAUAGAAAAAGAAGAAAUAGACAACAUUUUAAACACCUUAGGGUUAUAUACUUAUAAUUUAAAAAAUAAUAAUAAUAAUAAUGUAUAUAUGAAGACAAUAAAAUUGACCUUGUGUUGUGCCCAUAGUAAUGAGCAUGAUGCUAAAGCUGUUAUGAAUAUUAAGUUAAAUACUUUGAAUAAUAAAAAAUAUAAUAAUAUAAAUUGUAUUUUUUAUCAUUAUUAUAACUCCUUUUUACAUUCCUUAUUUUAUUCAGAUGAAUAUAUUCAGCUUAUAAGAAAAGAAGAAUAUUUAGAUUAUGUUCAGAAGGAAAAAAUGAAAAGAGCUAAAUAUUUGCAUAAAGAAAAUAAUAAUAAUAAUAAUAAUAAUAAUAAUUAUGUAGACCAAUUAAUAAAUGAGGAUAACAAAAAAAGAAAAAUAAAUAAUUUAUCUAUUAAUGAGAAUACAAACAAUUUGAGUGAUCAUAAUAAAGAACCUAAGAAAAAAAAAAACAAGUCAAAUGAGACACAUAUAAACGAUGAUACUAAGAAAAUGGAAACCAAUACAAAUAAAAUAAAUAAUGACGAACAGAAAGAUACAAAUGGUGAUAAUAUUAUAGAAGAAGAAAAAAAAGAAGACGUAUGUAAAAGUAAUAAUAUUAUAAGUAAGGUAUUUCAUUUUUUUGAAAAGAAAAAUAAUAAUAUAAAAAAAAAUGAGCAUAAAAAAGAAAACAAUGAAAAAAAUGAUAAGAUGAAUGAAGAUAAUAUGGUAUUACAAAAUAAAAGAGAUGAUAAUAUAAAUGAAUCAAAAGAAAACAACAACAACAAUAAUAAUAACAACAACAAUAAUAACAACAACAAUAAUAACAACAAUAAUAAUAAUAAUAAUAAUAAUAAUAGUGUGCUGUCUUGUAAUAGUCCUGACAAAACGAGUGAUAAACAUAUAGAACCCACAUCAGAAGAGGAAGGUAAUUCUUAUAAUGAUGAAAUGAAUGAAAAAGAAAUAAAAAUAUUUUCUAAAUACAUAGAUAAAAUAAUUGAAAAUGUAGAAACGAAAUGUAUCAUGAAAAAUAAUGUUUGUGAUGGUAUUUAUUAUUUAAUUAGACAAGAGGAUGGUUUGAAUAUUUGUCAGAAGGUUAAUAACAAUAUGAUAAAAAAAAAAAUGAAACAAGAAAAAUAUAAUAAAAAAACAAAACAAAAUAAAAAUAAAAAUAAUUAUGAUAGUAAUAUAUUUAAUAAUAUAAAUAUUUUGAAUAAUCUUCCUAUUGAUAUACAAAAAAGAAAUUAUAUUAAUACAAAUAUUAUUAACAAUAAUAUUAUGAAUAUUAAUAAUAAUAAUAUUAAUAAUAAUAGUAAUAAUAAUCAUAAUAGUAAUCAUAUAAAUCUAAGCGAUUUAAAGAAAAAAAUUAAUAUUAAUAAAUAUACCUACUUAUUUUAUCGUCUACCAUUAUUCUUAUUUGGAGAUAAAUAUAUUAAUGAUAUAGAUGAUGUCAAAAGUAUAUAUACUAUUAGAAAUUUUUUUAAUCAGAAUAAUGAUCUUACAAAUACAUCCAAGAAUAUUAUGUAUGUUAUAGAUUUAUUGAAAAAAUAUAACACGAACAAUAAUGUUUUAAAAAAAAAUAAUAUGAUCAUGCCACAAAAAAAUUAUAUUUGCAAAAAAAAAGAACAAUGUGAUGACAUUGAAAAAAAUACUCAUGUAUUAUUUAAUGAUAUUGUAGUCGAUCCCUCAACGCCACCUUUAGAAACAACAAAUACAAAUCCAUUGAGUGAUAAUAAUAUUUUAUGUCAUGAUAAUAUUAUUGCUAAAUGUUGUAAUACUGAGACAAAUGAAUUACACGAGCAUAUAAAUCAUAAUAUUCUUAAUGAUGAUAAUUGUCAUAAUAAUGCCAUAAAGGAGAACAACCAACAAAUGGAACCUAAAGAUACUAAUCCUAAUGAAGAAAAGGUUAUUUUAGAAUUGGCAACUCAAAGGAGUGAAGAAAGAAUCGAAGACCGUGAUGAGGAAGAUGGUAAGAGCGCUGAGGAUACUCGCUUUGUAGAUAUAGAAACAAAAGUGGUAGACAUGGAUCCCAAAGUGGUGGAUAUAGAAACGAAAGUGAUAGAUGUAGAACCCAAAGUGGGAGAUAUAAACCACAAGGUGGUAGAUAUAAACCACAAGGUGGUAGAUGUAGAACCCAAAGUGGGAGAUAUAAACCACAAGGUUGUAGAUAUAAACAACAAGGUUGUAGAUGUAGAUCCCAAAGUGGGAGAUAUAAACCACAAGGUUGUAGAUAUUAACCACCAAAUGGUUGAUGAUGUCCAAACUGUGGGUACAUCAAAUAAUACGCCUACUAUUAACGAUUGCAUGAAAAUAAAAAAAGUGAAAAAGAACAAAAAAUGUCAAACGCUUGUUCAAGAAAACGGUUUGUCUUGUUACGCUAAUAAGAAUGUGAAUGUAAUAUUUUCAUUAUUUGAUAAUGGGAAUAAUUGUUAUUUAUUAAUAUAUGAAUCUGAAAAAGAUAAUAAGAAGAAGAGUGGGAAGAAUAAAUCAAUAAAAACAAAAAAGGAUUAUAAUAAUAUAGAUUAUUUUUUUAAAGAUUUGUAUCACAAAAUACAUGAGAUUAAUUUUAAUGAGGGUUCUUAUAAAAUAUUAAAAGAUAUAUUUUUUAGUAUGAUGUAUAAUAUGAAUAAUAUGAAGAAUGGAGGUAUGCAGUAUUUAAACAGAAUGAAUAGACCGAGUUAUAGUAGUAAGAUGAUGAGCAGAGGUAGUAUUAAUAUGAAUAAUAUAAAUAAUAAUAUGAAUAAUAAUAUGAAUAAUUAUAAUAGUAAUAAUUUUCAAUAUAAUGAAGAAAUAAAUUAUAUAAAAUUUAAUGAGACGAUAUUAAAUAAAAAUACAUUAAAUAAUUUAUUAAAAAAUUUUAGUUGUUUAAAUAUAUCUAAGAGUGCUAAUAUAAAGUUAGUAAAUAUAGUAGAACUAAGUUAUUAUGAUUAUAUAUUUUUGAAGACACAUAAAAUAUUUUUUUCAAAAAAAGGAGUAAAAAUAUAUGAUCAUAGUAAUAAUUUAUUUAACUUUCAAGACAAUAUAAAUGAGUCUGUUGAGAAGAAUAAUAAAGAAACAAAAGAAAAAGGUUUAAAGAAAAAAUUUAGAUAUUUAUCAUUAAAAUUAAAAAAGAUAUUAAUAUCUCAUUGUGAAGGAACAAUAAGUGGGAACCCUAACAACAAAAGUAAAAAUAUGAAAACUAAAAGUAACAACAACAAAAACAAUAAUAACAAUAAUAAUAAUAAUAAUAAUAAUAAUGCUAUUAAUAAUAUGUUGAAUGUAAGAGGACUUGCUUUAAAUAAUAAAAAUAAUGAUAUGGGUAAUAUUUUAAUGACAUGUAAAAAGAAUAAUAUAAUAAAAAAUGAAACAUUAAAUAUGGUAACAAAUAAAGGGUUAUUAUGUUUAAAUGGUGAAGGUGAUCAAUUACGUUUUCAGACACCCCUAGAUAUUAAUACAAAUAGAAAAUGUGUAGACAAAAAUAAUAGUAUAUCUCGUGGCAUUAUAAAUAAAAAUAACAUGAAUAGUAUGAAUAGUAAUAUAUUUAAUAUACGACAUUUUAAUGAACAAAAUGGUAAUUCCAUUUUAUAUAAUGAUACAAAUAUUUUAAAUAACAUGAAGGAUUUUUUUAAACGUGGAGAAGAAAACUGUGUAGAUGAUAUAAAUGAAUUCUAUAAUAAAAUUGGAACAAGUGAUCAAAAAAAAAAUACCUUGAAUAAAAAUAUGAAAUAUAAAAAUUCCUUAACAAAAAAUGUAAAAAAAAAUUUAUAUUCUAAAAAGAAAGGAAAAACCAAAAAAGGAAAUACGAAUAAAUAUAAUAUGCAUAUAAAAACAACUUCUUUAUUAUCAUCAUCAUCAUUACCAGCAUCAUAUAUGAAUACAAUAAAUAUAUUAAAUAAUAAUAAUAAUAUAUCAAAUAAUAAUAAUAAUAUAUUAAUAUUACUUAUGAAUGAAUAUAUAUUAAAUAAAGAUAAUGAUAUUAAUAAUUAUAAUAUAAAAGAAUAUUUAAAUGAAAUAUUAAAUAAAUAUAAUAAAUUUAAUUUUUAUGAAAAUAAUUUUGAUAUAGUGAAAUAUAAUACUUUCGUUGAUAAAAAAAUUGUACCUUCUGUUUCUUCUUUUAGUGUAUUUGAUAUUUAUAAGUUAUUUUUUUUUGAUCAUAAAGAAUUGGAAAAAAUAAAUAAUGAACAAGACAAAAUGAAAUAUAUAAACGAUGUUUUAUUUAAUAAAAAUGCAUUAUUAAAUUUUAGAAAUUUUAUAAUGAAAAAAAAACAUAUAGACUAUGUAAAAAAAAGUUUCAAUUAUAAAAAUUUUAUAGAUAUUUCUAAUUCAUAUCUUAUAGAUAUACAUCAUAUUCUAUCCUUUGAAAAAAAUAAAAAAAUAUUUUUUAAAAAAAUUAACAACCACAGAAAUGCACAGGAAAUAGAAACUAUAAUACAUACAAAUAAAAAGAGUAAUAUAUUAUGUGAUGACAACAAAAAGGAACAAGACAUUUGUAAUAAUGUAACGAAAGGGGGUAAUAAUAAUAAUAUAAAUCAUGAUAAUAAUAUUAAUCAUAAUAAUAAUAUUAUAAAUCAUAAUAAUAAUAUUAUAAAUCAUAAUAAUAUUAUAAAUCAUAAUACUACUCAUGUGCAGAAUAAUUAUUUGAACGAAAUAGAUAUGAAGAAGAAAAAAAAAAUGUCUUUUAAAAAUGAACAUAUAGAUAUGAAGAACAAUGUUGAUAAUAAUAAGAAUGGAAGUGAUUAUAUAACAAAUAAUAUAAACAAAAUAAAUCAAAUAAAUAAUGUGCCAAAUAAUAGUUGUAGUGAUGCUACUGCGUAUAUACAAUUUGAUACACAUAAUGAUAUCUCAACAACACAACCUUAUGACACCACAAAUAGUUGUACUAGCCAUGUUGAUAAUACAUGUAGUACAGAUAAAAUGAAAGCACAUGAUGUGCAUGUUAAAAAAGAAAAUGUAAAUACAAAUGAUCUUCAAGAUGUGAAGGAAGAUAAUGAUAAAACUGUAAAAAAUGACCUAACAAGCAAUAUUAUUUUUUAUAAUAAUAAUUAUUAUAAUAAUUAUCAUUCUUGUUUUAAUAUAAUAAACCAAAAUGUUCAGAAUCCAUAUGGGAAUUUGUUUGAUAAUCAAAAUAAAUAUGAAGAUGAAAAUUUUGAUCUUCUAAUUGAUAAGAAUUACACUAACCUAAAAAAUUUAUAUGACCAUAUAAAUGAUGAAAUUGUUAAGAAUAAAAUUUAUUUAAUUAGUAAUAUUAUAGAAGAAAACCAUACAUACAAUAUUUCUGAUAUGCCUGUCUAUAUCAAUUUUGUUUACUAUAAAUAUUCUUGUGUAACCAACUGGGUAUAUCUAGUCAAUAAUUUAAAAGAUAGUUUUCUCAAGGAAGAAAUAUUCUUUAGAAAAUAUGAUGUGGAAAGAAAUGCAGAUAUGAACGAUAAGGAAGAUAAUAAACAUGAAACAAUCAAAGAUAAAGGAAGUGACAUAAUAAAAGAAAAGGAAGAAAAUGUCAUAAAUAAAGACCAUGUGGAUGACAAAGGAAGUGAUAUAAAGAAAAAGGACCAUAUAGAACAAAAUACAAAUCAAACAAAUGAACAUAAUGAAGAAGUAAAAAGUGUAAUAAAAACAUCAUGUCAUGAUAAAUGUAUUAGUCAUGAUAAUAAAUCGUUAGAUAACUUAGAACUAUCUAAAAAUAAAAAAGAAACAAAUUUAAAAACUGAGAACGAGAUCAGAUUGGAUGCUCCAUCAGUUCAUAUUGUAGAUAAAACAAAUGAAACAAAUAAGAAUAAUAAUAUUAUAAAAACACAAGAAAAAAGUGAUGAAAACAAAAAAAAAGAUGAUAAUAAUAGUAACAAUAAUAAUAAUAAUAAUAAAAAGAUAGAAUCUGAGAGUAUAGAAAAAACAAGCAACAAUAUGUGCAGUGUAUGCUUUAAUAUACAAGAUGGAAAUAUUAAUAUUUUAUAUAAAUGUAUGAAAUGCAAUAUAUAUGUUCAUAAAUAUUGCUAUGGCAUAUAUCCUAAAAACAAAAGUGAAGAUUUUUUAUGUGAUAGAUGUGUGUUUAAUAAAUAUGUAAAAAAAUUAUUAUCAAAUGAUGAUAUUAAUAAUAAUAAAAGUUCUACAACAAAUAUAAAAAAAAAAAAAAAAAAUAAUAAGGGAAAUAAUAAUCAUAAUAAUUCAACAUCUUUGAAGAAUCAAGCACAUCUUUUAUUAUCAUCGGAAAAUAAUAUUAUAAUAAAAAAUGACAUCAACAAUAAUAAUGGUAAUAUUUUGAAUGCAUGUGGUGAUAAUUCAAAUAGUGUAAUACCACUUGAUAAUAAUACGAAUGCAGAUAUAAUAACAUGUCUUAAUAAUAACACUUUGAAUGAAAAUAUAAAUAAUUUAUUUUUUAAUUAUUGUUGUAUAUGUAAAAAAUCAGGAGGGGCCCUAAAGAAAACCACAUCAAAAACAUUUGUGCAUCUAUUCUGUGUUAUCUUUUUUAUUUCAAAUGUGUUCUGUCAUAAUAUAUAUAAUAUGAAUUAUUGGAACGUCUAUCAGCUGAAGGAUUAUGAACAGAUGUGUGAUAUAUGUCAUAAGAGGGGUGCUGUCAUACAGUGUUCUUAUAACCACGAGAAAUUAAAAGGUGGAGAUGAAAAGGGUGGAGAUGAAAAGGGUGGAGAUAAAAAGAGUGGAGAUAAAAAGAGUGGAGAUAAAAAGAGUGGAGAUAAAAAGAGUGGAGAUAAAAAGAGUGGAGAUAAAAAGAGUGUAGAUGACAAAUGUGGAGAUGUCAAAUGUGGGGAUAACAAAUCUGUAGAUGACAAAUGUACUAAUCAAAUAGAUAUUAGAAAAAAUAUGAAGUGUAAAAAAUAUUAUCAUCCACUCUGUGCUUAUUUAGAAGGAUAUUAUAUGGAUGUUGAAGUACAUGACGAUCAAUAUAUUAAAACAUUUUUUUAUGAUAAUUGUUUUUCACAUAUAGAUAUAAAUACAUAUUGUAAUGAUCAUAUCCCAGUGAAUUCUUAUCAAGAUAGAAACAUUAUAAAAGAAAAAAGAAAUAAGUGUUAUGAAAGUAAUAAUAUAUCAUAUAUGUUGCAAAUAUAUAAUAAUCAUAAUACGAUGAUUAACAAAUAA